AUGGCGAAAUAUGUAAGUGAGAAGGUAAGAAAUCACAUACCUGAUGAUCUUGCUAUUCCCAUUCUAUCAAAACUUCCUUUAAAAUCUUUGAAACGCUUUGGAUGUGUAAACAAAUCAUGGUCUGUUUUGUUUGAAAACCCUAAAUUUAUGGUCGAGUUUCGCAAUAAUUUCAUAUCCAUUCCUCACUCUUAUUACAAUGAUACAUCUCUUCUCCUUCAUCAAAUUGUUUGUAAUCACAACCGUACUUACAUUAGUUUCUAUUUGCAUUCACUUUCCGGCGAGAGGCUUGAGAAUAAAGUUAAACUGGACCUUCCAAAUCCAUUUCAACAAGAGGAACCUGGAUUUUAUGUAUUGGUUUCUGGUAGUAUAAAUGGAAUUCUAUGUCUUUACGACCGUGAUACGAUUGUAAUGUGGAAUCCAACUACUGGAGAAUUUAAAGUCAUUCCUCCCAGCCGUGUCGAGUCUCUACCACCCUAUCAGGGUAUUAUUAAGUAUCUUCAUGGAUUUGGUUAUGACCCUUUUAGUGACGACUAUAAAAUUAUUAGGAAGGUAAUUUUUGUUCCUGUAACGGAUGAUGACGAUGAUGAUGAUAUUCCCCCGUGUGAUGUGAAAUGGAAAGAUAUGUGUGAGAAUUAUGAACCCUUUUGGGAGGUAUAUAGCUUAGUAUAUAACUCUUGGAGGAAAGUUGAUCUCAUCCUUCCUACUUGUUGUUGGGAAGGCGGCAACCGUAAUGAUAAUCUACUAUACUUGGAUGGAAUGUGUCAUUGGCUCUCUAACUCUUACGGAGAAUACAAUGAAGAGUACUUGGUGUCAUUUGACUUGGCCAAUGAAAUUUGUUUUACCACACUCAUACCCACACUCAUGCCCUUAGACAUAGAUCCCAAUAAUUGGGUGAGUCAUGCAUUGGUGUUGUUAAAUGGAUCUAUUGCUUCAAUUUUAUGGUAUACAAAUACUUUUCACAUAUCAAUUUUAGGCAAAGUGGGUGUGAAGGAAUCUUGGACUAAAAUCUUUGUUGUUGGACCCUUGUCCGACGACAUUAAGUUUCCUAUUGGAGCGGGAAAGAAUGGUGAUAUAUUCUUUGCAAAGAAAGAAGGAAGAGAACCAAUCUGCUUUGAUUUAUGUACUCAAAUGAUUGAGGAACUUGAUGGUGUGAAAGGAGCAUAUAAUUCUCAAAUAAUAAUUUAUAAAGAAAGUCUCGUUUCGAUUGGAGGAAAACAUCAUUAGUUAGCCUACUUGUUUGUUUUCACAUAAGAGACAAGAGAUAAAUUUAUGAUUGUGUUUAUUAGGUUAAUUUUACUUUCAAUGAUAAAAAAUGAGUUGUCAAUCCCUAGUAUCAAAAUUAUGAUUAGG